AUGGGCCAGCUCAACGACCGUUUCCUGGAGCGCCUCGAGGCCGCGCUGCCGCUCGACAUGCCCGCGUCCACCCUGCCCACCAUGAGCGAGCUGAACAAACAGCCGCGCCGCAUGGUGCGCCAGCUGUUCUGCGCGCUCGAGGAGGCGUGGUUCGAGGUCUUUGGCGACUUCUCGCCGUCGCCGCCUCUCACGGACAUUCUUCUCAGCCCGUGUGUGAGUGCAGAAGAGGCGUUGGGGGUCUAUCUCUCGUUCUGUGAGGACGCGGAGGGGGUGGAGGUCGGGUUGGCGACGAUCGCGGAGGAGGGCGAGGGGCUUGUGAGUGUUGAGGAGGUGGAGGGUGACGAGGCGGAGGCGGAGGCGGAGGGUGACGAGGUGGAGGUGGAGGAGAAGGAGGCGGUCGAGGAGGAGGACAUUAAGGAGGAGGAAAUCGAGGAGGAGGAGGAGAUCGAGGAGAUCAUGGAGAUCAAGGAGGAGGCCGAGGCCCCCUCCGAGGCUGUGGCCAUCUCUGACACCGAGGCCUUCAAGGCCGAGGACACUCGCGAAGCCGACGAGUGGCAACUCAUCGAGCUGUACCAUGCCGACAAGGCGGAGCCGGUACUCAUUCGCGACAACGACCUCAAGGAGGACCUCGCAGAGGCGACCGCCACCAACAUCGUCGGGUGCGGCAGCCGGUCGUCCAGCAACGCUAGCAUCUGCUCCAACGAGUCGUCUCGGGCCGUCACCGCGCCCACCGAGCCCACCAAGCCCGCCACGCGCAAGGCCCUCACUGCCAAGACCCCCUCUCUCAAGUGGCCCACUCUCAAGUCACGCUCCACCAAGUCGCGCUCUUCGACGGUGAGCAGACGCUCGUCCCUCCCCACCAUUCCGGACGACACGGACAUCCCGUACGUCCUGCCUGCCCUCACCUCCCUUCCCGCCAUCACCCUGACCCGAUGGGACACGGAGACCUCGGUGCCACUCAUGCUCUUCGACCCUGACCUCUCCACCCACUCCGACCAGAAUGAGAGCGCCAUCCCCACCGACAGCGUGGCGAGCGACGAGACCGCACUCGAGCGCGAGCACAAGCAGGACAAGAAAGCGCUGACCAAGAGCGCGUGGUGGUGCAAGAGCACGACGCACGCGGCCACACACAAGGGCUCCAAGCUCAAGUGGCGCUUGGAGGAGUCGUUCGCCAAGCUCAAGAGCCGCACGAGCGGGCGGGGCCAGCGGGUCUAACAGUUCUUCGCACGGCAGGAAAUGGGAGUCCUCGUAGUAGCAGUACACCAUACCUUACACAUACCUUGGAUCGAUUAUCCGGUUGUAGAAUAGCAAAUCAUAUACCAAUGAAUCAGGAAGUGCGCAG